AUGUCACGCUCCGCCCCGCGGCGUUGGGACGUAGACGAAGAAAAUAGCGCUGACCACGAAGGUAGCGGCGCCCUUUUAACUACUAGUGACCUAGUUACAACAUUGCAAUCUUCAUCUUGUCGCCAUCCUAUGAUCUGCGAACCCCCACAAUUGGCAUCACGUCGUGGGCCCCCGUCCAUCGAGCCGCAAACGUCAUUGGGGAUGAGUGAUUGGUCCUUUAAUGGGUCAGCUGACUCGAGAGUUCCACUUUCGUCGUUAGCGAUGGACGUUAGGGAGUUUAGUCCUAGGACGACAAAAGGAGCAGUUGAACAUGGAUAUAAAGUAUCGUCCGUAGUCUCGGAAGGUUUUGAUGGCAAUCAAUUUGACUCUAAUCAUCUCGAUGGACGUCAGGGCUCGGAGAACUACAAGACCAUUAGGACCUUUCGGACGGACUAUAAGAUCGAGCCAAGCAACCACAGACAACAUCAGUUGCAACGCUAUGAAAAACAAAAACAAUACCAUCGACAGAUGCAGCAAGAAGAUGGUGGAGGUGACUCGUUGACUUCGCAGCUUUAUAGACGAACAUCUAAUAAUAACACGAUGGACUAUGGGUUUUACGCUCAGGAAGAAAGAGCGAGAGAGCCUUUGAAUGACAUGUCGUCGGUUGAUCCACCACAAUGCAUUGCUAGUAACAUGCCAAACGCCGGGUCGUCAUCGUUUGGGUUGCGUUUUAACGGCUUGACGAAAGAUGUAGGCACGAGAGAGAUACGAAACCGACACUACAAUGCAUUUGCGCCCCCGUCGACAAACAGUCCUGAAUUUGGACCACGGAUAGACGAUAUGCCGCUGGAGCCAGCUACAUUGAACAUAUAUCCGGAUGAAAAUGACCCUUUUACUGCUACAGUAUGCAUGUCUCGACAACGUGAGUAUGCACAGGCGCCCGUUCCCUCUCGGCAGCGAGUGCACCACCAGAUGACAAGGAGAUUCCAGUAUAGUGAACGCUUGAAUGAAGACGAAAUGAUGAUGACUGGCAAACGAUCAUUUCAGGAUUCAGACUUGCCCCGUGAUCGGCAUGGGACCGAAAGUCGAGCACUGUAUGAAGAGCUGGUUCGCGCUCCUACAAGUGCCGGCAUUUCCCAGAACAAUGGCUACGAAAACCUUUCACCGAGUGAUCCUGGAGCUGGCAUCGUUGACCCGCCUUCAAGCCUACAACGGUCAAAUCGAUCGAUUAUGCACCAGAAGGACAAGAGGUCACGGUCGGAUAACCCACUGAUUCAUGAUCCUGCAAAAGCGCCGACACAGCAAGCGGCGAAGGCUAAGACCGGUAUUGCCAAGACGUUUUCUGGGGCUUCUACCACCUCUCCUUUGAGUGGAAACGAAGGUGAGGAGCGCUCCAAGCGCCGCUGUGGACGCAAGAGUAUGAACUACUCAUCCGAGCAGAAGCGUGAGCGCAAUCGUGCAGCUGUAAAGAAAUGUCGACAGCGUCAGGCAUUAAAGCUGGAGUAUUUGCAACACAAGGCGGAGUCAUUGGCAGCGGAGAACCAGGCUCUUUCGGAAAUGCUAGUCAAAAACACGGAGCUAGCGGAGGAACACCGAAUCUCGUUGAAGCGUGGUAUUCAGAUGGACAUUUUGCUCAAGAUCAAGGAAAUUUUUACGCAAAGCUUGCCCAAGGACUUUGUCCUUGAUGCGGGCUCGAUUUGGGAUUUGAAUUCAGUGCUGGCUGUAUCGAUGCCGUCACGCUGCUACUACGGCAUUGAGAGCAUUAAGGACUUUUGGCGUACUUCGUUGCGCAUGCGCAACAAGGGCAAGAUCCGUUCGUUCUGGGCGUGGCUGUUUCGCCUUCCACCAGGUGACCGUUUUUUGGAGUUUGAUAUCCAGUCCUUCUCGCCAACAUCCAGUCUAUACUUUGUUUCAUGGACCACCAAGUCGACUCCGCCACUUGCUGGUACUAUGGUAAUCCUGUUUGGCAAUGGUCAUCGGGUGACACUCCACGUUGAGUGCUUUGGCUGGCUUAUCUGGCGCUACUUGCUUACAAACGAACCGUUUCCGGAAGCAUCGAUAGAGUGA